AGGUCCACCUACAGUCAUCAUGUAUGAGGACUGUGUCGAGUCCACUGGGGACUAUUAUUUCCUCUGUGACACAGAGGGGCCAUGGGGCAUUGUCCUGGAGUGCCUGGCAAUAAUUGGCAUAGUGGUUACAAUUAUUCUGCUCUUGGCAUUUCUCUUCCUCAUGCGAAAGGUUCGAGACUGUGGCGUGUGGAAUGUCCUCCCCACCCAGUUCCUCUUCCUCCUGAGUGUGCUGGGGCUCUUUGGCCUUGCUUUUGCCUUCAUUAUCCAGCUCAAUCAGCAAACUGCCCCUGUACGUUACUUUUUCUUUGGGGUUCUCUUUGCUCUCUGUUUCUCAUGCCUCUUGGCUCAUGCCUGCAACCUGGUGAAGCUCGUCCGAGAUAGAGUCUCCUUCUCUUGGACAAAAGUUCUGUGCAUUGCUAUUGGUUUCAGCCUGUUGCAGACGAUCAUUGCCAUUGAGUAUGUGACUCUCAUGAUGACCAGAGGUAUGAUGUUUGUACAUAUGACACCCUGUCAGCUCAAUGUGGACUUUGUCGUACUCCUGGUCUACGUUUUUUUCCUGAUGAUCCUCACAUUCUUCGUCUCCAAAACCACCUUAUGUGGCCCGUGUGAGAACUGGAAACAGCAUGGAAGGCUCAUCUUUGUCACCAUGCUCAUCUCCAUCAUUAUCUGGGUGGCGUGGAUCUCUAUGCUCUUGAAAGGCAACCCACAGCUCCAGCAUCAGCCGCAGUGGGAUGACCCUGUCAUCUGCAUUGCCCUGGUCACCAAUGCAUGGGUUUUCCUGCUGCUGUACAUCAUACCUGAGCUCUGCAUUCUCUACAAAUCGUGUAAACAGGAGUGCCCUUCACAAGACAACACCGGCUCGGUGCCAGGCUACCAAUGCACCUUCAGAGUGGAGAACCAGGAAUGCUCAAGAGCCCGAGACAGAGAUGGAGCUGAGGAAGAUAUAGCAUUAACUCCAUAUUCAGCUGCAGACUGUUGAUCCCACACGAGAGUAUUUCAUCCCAUGGGGUAUGCUAGGCCCCCAGCAAGAGGCAG